GAAGCCAGCUCUCAGAAACGGAAUCACGAGUAUGGAGGGGGUUCCCCUAAGAAAUUCCAUUUCCCCAUCCGCCAGGGCUGCCUAUAAAGAGAAGGAGAGAUGGCUUCAGACUUCAGGAGGACACAGGCAGCAGAGAGUGGUCAGUCCCUUCUUGGUGCUGCUGACACUCGAGCCUACAUUCCAACACCUGCUCAGAAUCAUGCAGGUCUCCACUGCUGCCCUUGCUGUCCUCCUCUGCACCGUGGUUCUCUGCAACCGGAUCUCGGCAACAUUUGCUGCCGACACGCCAACCUCCUGCUGCUUCAGCUACAUCUCCCGGCAGAUUCCACAGAAUUUCAUAGCUGACUACUUUGAGACCAGCAGCCAGUGCUCCAAGCCUGGUGUCAUCUUCCUAACCAAGAGAGGCCGGCAGGUCUGUGCUGACCCCAGUGAGGAGUGGGUCCAGAAAUACGUCAGCGACCUGGAGCUGAGUGCCUGAGGGGUCCGGAAGCUUCGAGGCCCAGUGACCUCGGUGGACCCAGUGGGGAGCGAGAGCCUGAGCCUUGGGAACAUCCCUGUGACCUCCACAGCUACCUCUUCUAUGGACUGGUUGUUGCCCAAUAGCCACUGUGGGACUCUUUUUAACUUAAAUUUUAAUUUAUUUAUACUAUUUAGUUUGUGUAAUUUAUUUUCGAUUUCACAGUGUGUUUGUGAUUGUUUGCUCUGAGAGUUCCCCUGUGCCCUCCCCCUUCCCUCACACUGUGUUUGGUAACAACUGACUGUCAUUUGCCUGCUGUAGACAGUCAUGGUACCAAAGCCACCAGACUGACCAAUGUGUAUCGGAUGCUUUUGGUCAGGGCUGUGAUCGGUCUGGGGAAAUAAUAAAGAUGCUCUUUUAAAAGGUAAACCAGUAUUGAGUUUGGUUUUGUUUUUCUGGCAAAUCAAAAUCACUGGUUAAGAGG